CAGGACUUCUCUUUCCGAAGAGCACUGCCCUGGGAAACGUUUAUCCUUUUGGGACACGAUCCUACUCAGGAACACCUCCCCGCCCCCGCGCCCCUGGAGAAGCUGGACCCCAUAAACGCUCGCCCCAGAGCCGUCCUGGCCGCUCACUUCGUCCCACUUGGCAACCGCAUCUCCCGAGGCACGCGUCGGGUCCCUUCUCGUUCCCUCGCCGCUAGACCUGUGGAGAUGCCCGGAUCUCGAAACUGGAUGGCUUCUACAGGGAGCCAGGCCUCUGAUAUAGACGAGAUUUUUGGAUUCUUCAGUGAUGGCGCACCCCCCUCCAAAAAGCCCAGGAAGCUGCUUCCAAGUCUGAAAACCAAGAAGCCCCGAGAACUCGUGCUGGUCAUUGGCACAGGCAUCAGUGCUGCUGUUGCGCCUCAGGUCCCAGCGCUCAAGUCCUGGAAGGGGCUGAUUCAGGCCUUACUGGACGCGGCUAUUGAUUUUGACCUUCUAGAAGAUGAGGAGAGCAAAAAGUUUCAGAAAUGUCUUCAUGAAGAUAAGAACCUUGUGCAUUUGGCACAUGACCUCAUCCAGAAACUCUCUCCUCGUACCAGUAAUGUUCGAUCUACAUUCUUCAAGGACUGUUUAUAUGAAGUGUUUGACGACCUGGAGUCGAAGAUGGAAGAUUCUGGGAAACAGCUUCUUCAGUCAGUUCUGCACUUGAUGGAAAAUGGAGCCCUGGUGUUAACUACAAAUUUUGAUAAUCUCCUGGAACUGUAUGCAGCCGAUCAAGGAAAACAGCUUGAAUCCCUCGACCUUACUGAUGAGAAAAAGGUCCUGGAGUGGGCGCAGGAGAAGCGGAAGCUGAGCGUGUUACACAUCCAUGGCGUCUACACCAACCCCAGUGGCAUUGUCCUUCAUCCAGCUGGAUAUCAGAACGUGCUCAGGAACACUGAAGUUAUGAGAGAGAUUCAGAAGCUCUACGAAAACAAGUCAUUUCUUUUCCUGGGUUGUGGCUGGACUGUGGAUGACACCACAUUCCAGGCCCUUUUCCUGGAGGCUGUCAAGCAUAAAUCGGACCUCGAACAUUUCAUGCUGGUCAGGAGAGGAGAUGUUGAUGAGUUCAAGAAGCUUCGAGAAAAUAUGCUAGAUAAAGGGAUUAAAGUCAUCUCCUAUGGAAAUGACUAUGCCGACCUUCCAGAAUAUUUCAAGCGACUGACAUGUGAAAUCUCCACGAGGGGUAAAUCAGCAGGAAUGGUGAGAGAAGGUCAGCUAAAUGGCUCCUCCGCCGUACACAGUGAACUAAGAGGCUGCAGUACAUGAGCAAGCUAGAGAAACUACCACUACUAGACCAAGCUGUAAGACCCUACUAUGGACGGUGUUUAACAAGUAAAUCUGCAAGAAUCCAACAAA